AUGUUCCUGGCAACGUUAACGUUUAUCGUGCUGGCCAUUUCUGUGGCACUGUACGUGUACGUGGAAAGGUUUAGUAAAAUCCUUAAGCACAGUGGGAAACUUGGAGGUCCCCGUGCUUAUCCACUGAUCGGUAAUGGGUUGCUGUUUGCUGGCAAAACACCCGCAGAAUUUCUACAGACUGUAGGACGGCUUAUUCAACAAUAUGGCAAAUGUUUUCGUAUAUGGCUGGGAACGCAGAUGCUGAUCGUUAUUACCGAACCGAAAGAUAUUGAGGUACUUUUAAGCAGCAACAAGUACAUUGAUAAAUCCAUCGAGUACGACUUCAUUCGUCCGUGGUUGGGUGAAGGGUUGUUGACCAGUACCGGACGCAAGUGGCACACACACCGGAAGGUCAUCACUCCAACGUUUCAUUUCAAAAUUCUGGAACAAUUUGUGGAAAUAUUUGACCAGCAGAGUAACACGUUUGUGCAGGUCCUGGGAGCACAUGCUAAGUCGGGCGAUACGUUUGACAUCUUUCGUCCGGUGACACUGUGUGCGUUGGAUGUUAUCUGCGAAACCGCAAUGGGCACAAAGGUCAAUGCUCAGCUGAACACUGAAUCGGAGUAUGUGCAGGCAGUAAAGGAUAUAACAAAUCUGGUACAGAUUCGAUUGUUCAACUUUCUUAUUCGCUACGAAUUUUUCUACUUCUUUUCGUCGAACCGGCGCAAGCAGCUGGAAGCACUGAAGGUGUUACAUGGAUAUACAGAUAGCGUUAUCAAAAGCCGUAGGAAGGAGCUGCAGAGUGGGAACACUAACACUGUUGACAUAAACGAGAAUGACCUAGGCAUUAAGAAGAAGAUGGCGUUCCUGGACAUGUUGCUGCAGUCGAAGAUCGAUGGGCAGCCGUUGACGGAUCUUGAGAUACGCGAGGAAGUGGACACGUUCAUGUUCGAAGGGCACGACACCACAACUUCCGCCAUCAGCUUUCUGCUGCAGAAUCUGGCCAAGCAUCCCGAAAUCCAGCAGAAAGUGUUCGACGAGGUACGAAAUGUCGUAGGAGAUGAUCGCACGCGUCCCGUUACGAUAGCGAUGCUGAACGAUAUGCAUUACUUGGAUCUGGUGAUCAAGGAAACGCUUCGGCUGUACCCUUCGGUACCGAUGUUUGGCCGUAAAAUGAUGGAAGAUGCGGAAAUAAACGGAAAAGUGUUUCCUGCGGGUUCGAAUACAAUCAUUCUUCCGUUUUUCCUUGGUCGUAAUCCCGAAUUCUUCCCGAACCCGGAAAAGUUUGAUCCGGAGCGAUUCAACGUGGAAACUUCCGCUGAAAAAACGAACCCUUACCAGUAUGUGCCGUUCAGCGCUGGACCAAGAAAUUGUAUUGGACAAAAGUUUGCCGUGGCAGAGAUUAAGAGCCUUACAAGCAAAGUGUUGCGACACUAUGAGCUUUUGCCACCGGUUGGAAAGUAUGAUGAAACCUUUAUUGCGGAGCUUAUCUUGCGCCCCGAAAAGGGUAUUUACGUACGACUGAAGCCAAGAAUUCUCUUCUCUUUGGUGGUGAUGGUGGUACAGAUUUUGCUUGCCCUGCUGGUGGUGAUCCUCACGAUCAAUUAUUUGCUGGUGCGUCAAAAUAUCAAGUAUGGCAAAAACAUUCCGGGACCGUUGCCGCUGCCGAUAGUGGGCUGCUUCUACAUCUACAUUAAUCUAAAGCCCGAAGACAUAAUCGAUUUCGUCUCAGACUUACGAAAUAAGUAUGGCAACCUGUUUCGCGUCUGGAUCGGAAACCGGUUGGCACUGUUCUGCACCAACGUCAAGUACAACGAAACUGUACUGAACAGCCAGAAGCUGAUACGAAAGAGCGAACUGUACAAAUUCCUCAUCCCCUGGCUUGGCGAUGGGUUAUUGCUGAGUACGGGCCAGAAAUGGUUCAACAAGCGCAAGAUCCUUACACCAGCUUUUCACUUCAAGAUUCUGGAUCAGUUUAUUGAGGUGUUCCACAAGCAGAGCAGCAUCAUGGCCGAACGGAUGAGGCAGGAAGCGAAUGGAACACUGGUCAACAUUUACCCGUACGUGACACUGGCUGCGCUGGACAUUAUCUGUGAAACGGCCAUGGGUACCUCGAUCAAUGCACAAACUGAUGCCGAUUCGGCGUACGUUAAAGCCAUUACGGAGCUGAGUCUGGUGCUGACGGGACGAUUCGUGAAGGUGUGGCAGCGAGUCGACUUUCUGUUUAAUAUAUCCGCCGACAAGCGGCGACAGGAUCGGAUCAUUAAGGUGUUGCACGAGUUCACCACGAAGAUCAUCCAAUCCCGACGGCGGGAACUGAUGGAGCAGGGUGGUGUUGGGGUUGAUGAUGAUGAUCCGGCGGAUAUAGGCACGAAACGACGGAUGGCAUUUUUGGAUGUACUGCUGCAAGCUACGAUUGAUGGACGUCCGCUAACGGAUAGAGAAAUUCAGGAAGAAGUGGAUACUUUCAUGUUUGAGGGUCACGAUACGACAACGAUCGCUAUCUCGUUCACCCUGCUGCUGCUUGCCCGUCAUCCGGUUGUACAGGAAAAAGUGUACCAAGAAGUUGUAGAUAUAGUGGGCAACGAUCCGCACACACCGCUUAGCCAUCGAAAUCUGCAGGAGAUGAAGUAUCUGGAGAUGGUGAUCAAAGAAUCCCUGCGACUGUACCCACCGGUACCGAUCAUUGCACGUCGUUUCACCGAGAACGUUGAGUUUGAAGGAAAAACAGUUCCGGAAGGAUCUAAUUUUAACAUCGGUAUUAUGCACAUGCACCGAGAUCCUACCUUGUUUCCCGACCCGGAACGCUUCGAUCCUGAACGGUUUGCACCAGAUCGAACGAUGGAACAGUCGAGCCCGUACGCUUACGUACCGUUCAGUGCAGGUCCUCGUAAUUGUAUAGGCCAAAAAUUUGCAAUGUUAGAGCUGAAAAGUACUGUGUCGAAGGUUAUUCGUAACUUUAAGCUAACUUCAGCUGGUCCGGAACCAAAGCUAACAAUGCAGUUGACGCUGAAGCCAAGGGACGGGCUGUACAUUGGAUUCGUUCCACGUGCGCAGUGAACUGCUGCAUUUCUACACAUUCGCUGGCUGCAACCUGCUUUCGA